AUGGUUGUAAAUGUGUAUGCAACAUCAGCAACACUCGAACAAUGUUCAAGAAAUGAGCUUUUAGCGUUUGUCAAUAAUUUUUUACGGGCUAAUUUCACACGCAUUGAGGAGUUGUCUUCGGGUGCUGCUUAUUGUCAGCUAACAGAAUUGCUUUUCCCAGGAAAAAUUUCUUUGAAAAAAGUGAAGUGGAAUUCGCGAAAUGAAGUUGAUUGGAUCAAUAAUUGGCGUAUGCUGCAAACAGUUUGGAAGGAAUUAGGAGUUAAAAAGGGAGUACCAGUGGAACGUUUGCUGCGAUGUAAAUUCCAGGACAAUUUUGAAUUUUUGCAAUGGUUUAAGAAAUUUUUUGAUGCGAAUUAUGACGGUCGUCAGUAUGACGCAUUGCGAGCUAGAAAUAACGAACCACUUCCGGCAAGUUGGACAGCAUCAUCCCGACCAGUUCCAUCAAAAGCUCAUAAGAUUGCCAGAAAUAAUUCUUUUGCCACAUCAACGAGAAGAGAGCCAUGUAGUUCUGGUCGAAACAUUGCAGCUGAAAUUCCAAAUACCAUCACUCUGCAACGUGAAUAUGAACUGAUGAUUCAGGAAUUAAAGGAGAAUGUAAGAAUACUUCGUAAUCAAAGACAUUUUUAUCACGACAAGGUGCGAAAAAUUAAAUUGCUUUGUCAGAAUGCUCAGGGUAGCUCUGUUAUUCCGCGCGAAGAAAUCAUGGCAAUUUUAUACGAGACACAGGAAAAUUUUGUCGCCCCGGAUCAGGAAUGCAAUCAAGAAGAUAGCUAUUACAUAGGCGAGCAAAAUGGCGCAAAAAGGAACGAACAGAUCAAUUCGUUUUGA